UUAAUUAUUAAUGGAAUUAAUAUGCCCCAAGAGCCUGACUUUUUUUUUUCUCUAACAUCAUCUAAUGUAACACCAUCUAAUGAAUCACCAAUUUUAAAAACAAAUCAGUUUAAAAAAUCAGAUGUUUCUCAGAGCCGCAACAUACAAGCCAAUAUUAAUGUGCAAUCUCCAGUGCACAUGUUGAAACAUUCAUUUACUUUUUGGUAUAUGAACCGUGCAUUUGGAAGCAAAAUAAAAGAUUACGAAUCUUCAUUGAAAAAGCUGAUAACUUUUUCAUCAGUUGAAGAAUUUUGGUCAAUUUAUGCUUAUCUUAAACGCCCUGAUACACUUCCUGUUAUUUCAGACUUGCAUUUAUUUAAAGAGGGAAUAAGGCCAAUAUUUGAAGAUCCAGCUAAUCAAGACGGUGGAAAAUGGACCCUACGUCUUCGUAAAGGAAUAGCUGUCCGUUACUGGGAACAAUUAGUAAUGGCAAUUGUUGGUGAUCAAUUCUGGAAUAUUGGGGAUGAAUUAUGUGGUAUAGUUCUUAGCAUUAGAAAUUCCGAAGACCUUAUAAGCGUUUGGAAUAGAAGUUCUGAUAAUGGAAGAAUUAAUUUGAAAAUUCGAGACCUUAUAAAGCAAAUCCUUAAUCUUCCAUUAGAUACAAUUUUAGAGUAUAAAGGACAUAAAGACUCUUUCGUAGAUAUGUAUAACCAUUAUUCAUCUGAGAAAAAUUCACAUUUUUAUGAAAAAAUGAAUAUAGCUAAACAUAAAGUUAUUGAUAAUUAA